AUGAAGUGGGGAAUCUGUGGUGCUGGUAAUAUUUGUAAUGAUUUUUGCAGUGCUUUACAAUUAUUAAAUCAUGAUGAUCAUCAGAUUACAGCUGUUGCUGCCAGAGAUAUUGAUAGAGCCCAAAAAUUUGCUGAGAAAUUUAAAAUACCAAAAGCUUUUGGAUGCUAUGAUGAUUUGGCCAAAGAACCUACUGUUGACAUUGUUUACAUUGGAGUCAUUAACUUUGAGCAUUGCCGUUUAUCAAUCUUGAUGCUUAACAAUGGUAAACAUGUGCUCUGUGAGAAACCAGCCACUCUGAACCUCAAAGAAUUAGAAAAAGUCUUAAAAGUUGCAAAGGACAAACAACUGUUCUUUAUGGAGGCGCUGUGGUCUCGAUUCUUUCCAGCUUAUGAAAAAGUACGCAAUGCUCUGGAUUCAAAAUCUCUUGGUGAGGUACGCUAUGUUCAAGCUGAAUUUUGCCACCCAAUGAUUCAUUGUGAGCAUGUAAAUAAACGUGAAUUGGGUGGAGGAGGUCUACUUUAUAUUGGUAUUUAUACCAUUCAGUGGGCACUGUUGGCUUUCAAAGAAAAACCUGAUAAAAUCUUUGCUGUUGGUCAUCUUCAUGAAACUGGAGUUGACCAGAGUGCAACAAUUAUUUUUAAAUAUAAAGGAGGACAAAUGGCUAAUUUGACAUAUAAUACAGAGUUUCAAUCAGAAUGUACUGCCAGUAUUUGUGGGACAAAAGGCAGGAUUCAACUUCCAUAUCCAUUUUGGUGUCCUACAAAAGUAACAAUUAAUGAAGAAGAAAUGGAGUUUCCACUUUCUUCAGGGGAGUUCAAAUUCAACUUGGUAAACAGUGCUGGUCUUUCUUAUGAAGCAGAAUGUGUGAGAAAGUGCAUUGAGAAAGGCCAAUUGGAAUGUCCACUGUUUCCCCACUCAGAAUCAAUCACACUCAUGACAAUUAUGGAUGAAGUUCGUCGACAACUUGGUGUCAAAUAUGAUGCUGAUGACAUUGAACUAUAA